CGUAACCAGAUCGAUCUCCUCUCCCCCCCUGAGUGAGAGAGAGAGAGUAUGCUGCUGUUACUACAAGUGUCUUUCUUUUCUCCGUACUCCCUCUCUCCCGUACGCAGCCGGCCGGCGAGCUCCCCCCUCCCCCUCCCAGGACGAGCUUCUCAUCUCCCGCGACCAUCGUCCUUCAUCCUCACCGCUCAAAUGGACGCCAAUCCUAGCACCGCCAUGUAUCCUCUGCACCGCUGCAAAACCAUUUACCUGGUGAGGCAUGCCCAGGGUAUUCAUAAUGUGGAAGGCGACAAGGAUCACAGUGCUUACAUGUCACAGGAACUCUUUGAUGCACACCUUACUCCCUUGGGCUGGAAGCAAGUUGAUUGCCUGCGUGAGCACGUGAAAAAAUCUGGACUUGCACAAAAGAUUGAGCUGGUUAUUACUUCCCCUCUACUGAGAACUAUGCAAACUGCAGUUGGGGUCUUUGGGGGCGAAAACUCUGUUGAUGGAGUAAGUGCACCACCAUUAAUGGUGGAAAAUGCUGGACACAGUAGCCGGUCAGCUAUUUCUAGUUUGAACUGCCCACCAUUUCUUGCAGUUGAGGCAUGCAGGGAGCACUUGGGUGUGCAUCCCUGCGAUAAGAGGAGGAGCAUUACAGAAUACCACACUCUUUUUCCUGCCAUUGAUUUUUCGCUGGUGGAGAAUGAUGAAGAUGUACUUUGGGAACCAAAUGUCAGAGAAGCAAAUGCAUCUGUCGCAGCUAGGGGCAUGAAGUUCAUUGACUGGUUAUGGACAAGGGAGGAGAAAGAGAUAGCUAUUGUAAGCCAUAGUGGAUUCUUAUAUCACACCUUAAGCAUGUACAGCAGGGAGUGUCAUCCAACCGUAAGAGAAGAAGUGGGCAAGCACUUUGCCAAUUGUGAGCUUCGGUCGAUGGUGUUGGUGGAUACAAGUAUGAUUGGGUCAAAUUCCGCCAGUUACAACUACCCUGGAAGUACUCCAGCUGGACUUGAUCUUCCUAGCGAUGCUGUAGCUUGAGUAAACUCAAAAGACCUGUGCUAAGAGAUAAAUUGGGUGCCUUGACUAUUUUUUUUCCUAGCCCAUUAACACUACUCAAGCUUGAAUUGGGAGUCUGAAACUUAGCUGACUUAAAACAGCAUCUACAGAUAGGACUUACCAUUUGUUACUCAGUAUGUUUCACGUUUUUACAGGAUAUUUCAUUCUUCAAACACGGUACUGAACUUUGAUUGUAAUAAACCUACGAGUCACUGAACUUGAUUGUAAUAAACGUCCGAUU